ACAGCGACAACAGAUUGCCUCUUCCUUGAUCGUUUCCCUCCUCCUCUUCUUCACAUAUGAAAGGAAGAGCUCAGUCUCAUCCCGUCGGCUCUCCAAGUCUCGGCCUUGUGAGCUAGUUGUAAUCCUCUUCGUCCCUCGUUUUUGCACCUUCGGUCUUUCGUUUAGUCCUACUGUCCAGAAUGGAUUUCACCAUUCGCAACACAGGCGUGCUUGUUUCAGUUGUCGUCUUCAUUUUUUGGUAUAUUGGACAGUCCAUCCGGGUCGCUAAGUUCAAGAAGCAGAAUGGAUGCCGGCCAAUUUGCAACCGGCUGCCUCAAUUGGAGCGCGUCGUCGGAGUCGAUCUCUAUCGAACGCAAAUCAACGCAUCAAAAGACGGAAGAAUUCUGGAGCUGGCAAAAAGCCGUUAUGAUACACAUGGAAUGACAUGGUCAGCUCGCAUGAUGGGGCAGACAUACGUCAAUACUAUCGAUAUUGAGAACAUCAAGGCCAUCCUAGCGAGUAACUUCAAAGACUUCGGACUGGGUCAGAGGCAGGAGGCGUUUGGGGCAAUGUUAGGACAGGGAAUCUUUACUACUGACGGCGCAAAGUGGGAGCAUUCACGGGCCCUCGUCAGACCAAACUUCACCAGGGCUCAGGUAGCCGAUCUCAACUCGUUCGAGAUUCAUAUUCAGCAAUUCAUCUCAAAGAUCCCAAGAGAUGGCUCGACGGUGGAUCUCCAACCAUUAUUCUUCCGGCUGACCUUAGAUACGGCAACCGAGUUCCUCUUCGGAGAAUCAGUUCGCUCUCUCAACAGCACCGAAGGCUCGGAAGAAGACCACUUUCAGCAAGCCUACGAUUUAGCACAGAGCCGGCUCGCCAACAGGGGCCGGUUGGGAAAGUUGAUUUGUCUGUAUCGUGAUAAGGAGUUUGAUGCUGCUUGUAAAACAGUUCACCAGUUCGUGGACAAGAUCAUCUUUAGAUCUCUGGAGAAACUUCACCCACGAGACGCCGAGAAGUCGAUUGAUGGCAAUGGACAGCCGGAACGAUAUGUCUUCCUAACGGAGAUGCUGAAAUCGACCACAGACCCAAAGCAGUUACGAGAUGAACUUCUCAAUAUUCUCCUCGCUGGGCGGGAUACAACGGCCAGUCUACUCAGCAAUACGUUCCAUGUUCUUGCUAGACGACCAGAUAUCUGGAAGAAGCUGAAAGUGGAAGUCGAUGGACUCAGAGGCAUGAAGCCAGACUACGAGACGUUGAGGAAUAUGAAGUACAUCAAGUAUCUCCUCAAUGAAUCUCUGCGGCUCUAUCCCGUUGUACCGAACAACGCACGAUUCGCCAACAAAGACACCGUCCUCCCUCGCGGAGGAGGACCAAAUGGCGAAUCCCCAAUCUUUAUAAAGAAGGGAGGAAUUGUAGCGUACCACGUCUACGCCAUGCACAGACGGACAGACAUAUAUGGGCCGGACGCAAACGAAUUCCGACCAGAGAGGUGGGCUUCCGACCUGCGGCCAUCUUGGGGCUAUUUGCCAUUCAACGGUGGGCCGCGAAUAUGUGUCGGGCAGCAGUUUGCACUGACAGAGGCGAGCUACACGAUUGUGAGGCUAUUGCAGGCGUUUGGGGGGAUCGAUGAUAGAGAUAGAUCGGAGUGGAUUGAGCAGCUUUCGCUGACAUGUUGUUCAGCGAAUGGUGUCAAAGUUGCGUUGAACCCGAGAUAAUGCUUUGCUUGCUCAUUCUACAUAAGACAUGACUUUACGAGACCGCCCUCCACCUAGGAACCAAAAGUAGAUAGCCUAAUGAUCAGACG